GGUCUCGCGAGAGUAGGGGGAGCACGGCCCGCGCCCCAAGGGAGCCGCCGAGGCCGCGGGCUGGGCGGGGCGCCGGGGAUCACGAGUGCGCGAGCGCGGGCGGCCCGCUGAGCUGCGGCCCCGACCCUUCUCCGCGGGCGCGCGGCCAUGGCACGGAAGUGGCGCCUCCCUCUGCUCCUGGUGCCGCUCCUGCUCGGCCCAGGCCUCCUGCACAGCUCCAGCGCUCUGCCCCUGGUCCUCAACACUUGGCCUUUUAAGAAUGCAACCGAAGCAGCAUGGAGGACCUUAGCAUCUGGAGGCUCUACCCUGGAUGCAGUUGAGCAUGGCUGUGCCGUGUGUGAGAGGGAGCAGUGUGACGGCAGUGUGGGCUUUGGAGGGAGUCCCGAUGAGCUUGGAGAAACCACGUUGGAUGCCAUGAUCAUGGACGGCACUACUAUGAACGUAGGAGCGGUAGGAGAUCUCAGGCGAAUUAAAAAUGCGAUCGGAGUGGCUCGGAAAGUGCUAGAACAUACAGCACACACGCUGUUAGUGGGAGAGUCAGCCACCAAGUUUGCUGAAAGUAUGGGGUUUAUCAGUGAGGACUUAUCUACCAAUACUUCUCGAGCCCUUCAUUCAGAUUGGCUUGCUCGGAAUUGCCAGCCAAAUUACUGGAGGAAUGUUGUCCCAGAUGCUUCAAAAUACUGUGGACCUUACAAACCACCUAGUAUCUUAAAGCAAGAAGGUCCUUCCCAUAAAGAAACAGGAGAUAACCACGGUCAUGAUACAAUUGGCAUGGUUGUAGUCGAUAAGAUGGGACGUACUGCUGCCGGGGCAUCUACAAACGGUAUAAAAUUCAAAAUACCUGGUCGAGUAGGGGAUUCGCCAAUACCCGGAGCUGGUGUCUACGCGGAUGACAGCGCAGGAACGGCCGCAGCCACUGGCGAUGGGGAUAUACUGAUGCGCUUUCUACCCAGCUACCAGGCUGUAGAAUAUAUGAGAAGAGGAGAAGAUCCAACCAUAGCUUGCCAGAAAGUGAUUUCCAGAAUUCAGAAGUAUUUUCCAAACUUCUUUGGGGCUGUUAUAUGUGCCAAUGUGACUGGAAGUUAUGGGCAACAAUGACUCACCCUAUGGCUUGAGUCAUAUUUUUACUGGCUCCGGCAUAAACCGUGGAGUCAUGAAUCAUGCUCACCAAACAUCUCCAGCUCUGCACAUGGUGGGAUUGCUCUUCCUGGACCCUUGUGAUUUGGUGUAGGCGUGUGACUGAUUUUAGAGCUUUAAUCCCAAGUAAAGACUGUGAGACCUUCCUAGUUUUCUUUUCUUCAAGUAAGACAACGUGACAUUCUGUGGCUGCCCCCAUCAACCUGAGCCCUUGAGUGACCAUAUAUAUAUAGCGACCCCCGUGAUAACACACAGUGACACAUAGUGUGAACAAGAAAUAAACCUUUGUGAGAGGCUGAUCAAUAAUCAGAGAGUUGCUACAACUAGGACUCCCACAGUUUUGCACUGGGAUCAGUUUUACUGCAAAGAUCUCACCACAAUCAAAGCUGUGUUUUUACUCUGCUUAUUAUGGUUCUAUCCUUAUAAUUGUAGCCUCAUCAUAUAGAGCAAGCAAAGGCCCAUGAUGAUAGCCAUGUCUCUCUGAAAUCACUCACAAAUAAAUGUGUUCUUGCCAUGGACUGUUAGAAAAGAAAGAAAUAAAAAGAAAGAAGCCUUUGUUACUGUGAUCCAGCACAAAUUACCCUCUCCUGACUGACAUAAAAUAUGCGUAAGUAGUUGAAAAGUUUUAUGGAGGUUGUUAAAUUUAUGACAAAUGAAUUCUCUAAAGGACAAAAUGAAUUAAAAAAAUAGAUAAAAAGAUACGUAGAAAUAUACUGGUUAGAAAUUAAUGAAAAGGUUAAAGAUAUUAUUGGGUAGGAAAGUUAUGGAUGGCUUUCUUAAGAAUUCUUUUACAGGGCACCUGGGUGGCUCAGUUGGUUAAGUGUCUGCCUUCAGCUCAGGUCAUGA